AUGGAGGUGCCUCAGGAGCGGGUGGAGAAAAUUAAGGGAUUUGUUGAAGACCGCCGGAAGGCUGAGAAGUUCUAUGAUGAACAACGACUAAGUUCGUCUGAUAUUCAAGCUUACGAGAAGAAGUUGGAUGAUGCACUGAGGGAGCUCCAAGACCGAGUCAGGCUCCAGGAGGAAGACCUGCGCAAGCUUCGCGCCGCCAAUGUCGAUUAUAUCUCAGAAAUAGGAAUUAAUCCAUCCUCUCGCGUCGCGCAAGUACGACGAGCUAAGAAGGCUUAUGACUCACUUCUAAAAUCGGAUACGGCUCUGCCAAAGCCAGAAUCGCCGCUGCCAUCCAUCAUUGCGCUCGACGAUACAACACGCAUUAUCAACGAGAGUAAGAGUUCUAUCUCAGCAACAGCAGAGAAACUUGCGAAUACACGCCAACGUCUCAAAAUCGAAGAAACGGAUUUGCGCGAUGCGCAGUCAAUAAAGGAUGGGCUACAGAAACGAAUAGCCAACAUCCGAGAAGACAAGUCAAGCAGCCGUGAAAAACUGCCUUCAGAUGUCGCACGCGAGUUGCUGGAGGAGCAACGGCGGAAGAGGAAGGAUCUUGAAAAAGACACUGACGGUAUAAGAGCUGCACUGCAUAAGUUUUGUGAUGAAGUCCUCGCAUCAAUGAUAGCAGCUGAAGACUUGGGAGGUCCGGCAGUUGGAGACGUUGCUGAAGUUUCUGACGCUACCUUGGCAAGCGGUUACACCCGUCAUGGUAAACCAAAGAAGCCCAAGGCCGUGGACGAGUAUGAUCAGAGCAAUACCCAACAUCGGAUUGACGAUAUGCUUCGCCGUCAAACCGGACAGCAGCAGAAUCAACCGUCAAAUAAAAGAGAAGUGACGGCGACUGAGAUACAUGAACUUCUAGACACCCUACUAAAUGCGGGCUCUUCUUAUUCAGAACUGCCACACGAAUCAGCAGCAUCGAGGUUUCUGGUAAGAGCCAAAGUUGCUCAAUUCCACCCACGCGAUGCAAGGCGGUUAAGGUUGAUCGAUUUCGGACGUUCCUUAAAUGAUUGA